AGAUCACUGAGCUAAAGAUGAGAAACACUGAGCUGGAGCAGUUCUCACACACUGAAGAUCACCUCCACCUCCUACAGAUUUACUCAUCCCUGUGCAGCUCUAGAAACACCAGGAACUGGUCUGAGAUCAAUAUGAAAACUGAUGAGAGUCUGGAGACUGUGAGGAGAGCUCUGACUCAACUGCAGAACACUCUACAGGAGAAACUCACGCAAACUGUCUCUACAGAUCUGAAGAGGAUGCAGCAGUAUGAAGUGGAUGUGACUCUGGAUCCUGAUACAGCUCAUCCUAGACUCAUCCUGUCUGAUGAUGGAAAACAAGUGAGACAUAGAGACAUUAGUCAGAAACUCCCAGACAACCCGAAGAGAUUUGAUAAAUGUGUAAAUGUCCUGGGAAAAGAGGGAUUCUCCUCAGGGAGAUUUUAUUUUGAGGUGCAGGUGAAGGGAAAGAUUAACUGGGACUUAGGGGUGGCCAGAGAAUCAAUUGAAAGGAAGGAAAAGUUUACACUGUGUCCCAGUAAUGGAUUCUGGACUGUGUGGCUGAGGAAUGGGAAUGAAUAUAAAGCCUGUGCUGGUCCCUCUGUCUCUCUGUCUCUGAGAGUGAAGCCGCAGCGGGUCGGUGUGUUUGUGGAUUAUGAGGAGGGUCUGGUCUCCUUUUAUGAUGUGGAGUCCAGCUCUCAUAUCUACUCUUUCACUGGUCAGUCUUUCACUGACAAACUCUAUCCAUUUUUUAGCCCAGAACUUAAUGAUGGAGGUAAAAACUCAACUCCACUGAUCAUCACACCUGUCAAUCACAAUAAAUCUGUUUACACUGCAUUGUGAAAUAGGAGAUGAUGAAAGUAAUGAUCUUAAUAAUGAAAUCUGAAAAAAUUAUGUAUGUGCUAUUUUUUGUUUGUUUUUCAGUUUUUAAAAUCUUUUAGCUAUAAUUAAUCUCUACUUGACAAAGUAAAAUUUUAACAUAAAAUCUAACUAUAGUAAACAGUGUUACGCAGCAUAUUUGAGCUUCCACAAGAACCAGUGAGGUAAUUGUUCUCAAGCAUCAAAGCAAGUACAGCUUCUGUUUAUGUUCGCUGAUCAGUGUUUAUAUGUGAA